AUGAAGUCUAUCAUCAUCAGCAGCUUAUUUUCUGCUGCCUUAGCAGCUAUGCCAAUGCCUCACCGAACCAACUGCUCCCAUCUUAGUGCUCCACACGUCCCAGGAGCCAAAGUACUUUCAAUCACCGCAACGGAACGAUGGAAUUACUCGGUUCCAGCUACGCCUCCGUUUCUCCUCUCUCCUGUCCAGAAUCUCGAUAUCUGUGAUGUUACCGUCUUCCUCACGCAUAGUGGCGCACAGAACCAGGCGACAGUGAAGGUUUGGCUUCCACUCCAAGACUGGAAUGGCAGGUUUCAAGCAAAUGGUGGAUCUGCUUAUGUUACUGGUGAAUUCGAUCUCACGCUUGGUCCAACGGUUAAAGAUGGAUACUCUGCCGCCUCCACUGAUGCUGGGGUUGGGUUUAAUUUCACAAGCCCGGGUUCAUGGGCGCUCAACGCGGAUGGAUCUGUGAAUUUUGACGCUUUAGCUGACUUCUCCUACCGAUCUGUACACGAUAUGGCUAUUGUGGGUAAGGAACUCACAAGACAGUUUUAUGGCACCAGGCCAGAAUACUCUUACUGGAACGGCUGCUCGACGGGUGGACGACAGGGAAUGGCUGCUGCUCAGAGAUACCCAGAGUUAUUUGAUGGCAUCUUAGCUGGAGCACCGGCAAUCAACUGGGCAAAGUACGUUGUGGCGGAGCAAUGGCCACAAGUUGUCAUGCAUCAAGACCAAACAUUCCCUUCGACAUGUGAGCUGAACUUCUUUUCGGACGCUGCAAUUAAGGAAUGCGAUGAAAUGGAUGGAGUGAAGGAUGGGAUUAUUACUGAUCCUGGAAAAUGCUCCUACGACCCUUUGAAGUCUGUUGGACAAGUGGUACAAUGCAAUGGGCAGAACAUCAUAAUCACCAAUUCCACUGCCACUGUUGUGAAAAAAGCUCUUCAGGGACCCUUGGAUCACACUGGACAACCGCUCUGGUAUGGACUCAACGUCGGUGCUUCAUUAGACAGCUUGGUGAAUACAACGACAGAUGCCAAUGGCACCCGGACUGGAUAUCCUUUCUUCGUCAACGAUCAAUGGAUCAAAUAUUUCUUGGCUCGUGACCCCGACUACAACACUGAGCAGAUCGAUUACGGUACCUUCUUUGAUCUAUUCUGGCAAUCGUACACGGAAUACGAUGGCAUAAUCGGGAUUGAUGAUGCAGACCUGUCGUCGUUUCACCAUCAAGGUGGUAAAUUACUUAUGUGGCAUGGUUUGUCCGAUCAGUUGAUCUUUCCUGGAGGAACCAUCGACUACCGUGAGCGUGUGGAACAUCGCAUGGGAGGAGCAAAGAAAACAAAUGAUUUCUUCAGACUAUUUCUUGCCCCUGGUGUCGACCAUUGCGGUGCGGGCACGACUAUUGGGGCGACUCCGGAUGACCCAUUCAAGGCAUUGGUCAACUGGGUUGAGCAUGGGGAGGCCCCUGACUUGAUCUCUGCGACAGUCAACGAUGCUACUAAAGCCGAGAGAAUCGUCUGCGCAUAUCCUCAAAUUGCAACAUACCAAGGUGGCGAUCCAAAGUGCGCUGCCAGUUUCAGAUGUGUGUAA